AUGAUGGCGUCAGACUCACUGGCCUCCAGGCGUGCUCGUACAAAACACUCCGGAAUCACAGUGCAUCUGGGGCAGUACACCUUUCCUCCGAGUACCCAAGCCGCUUCUGUGGCUGCCACGUGGCUUAAAGCUAUCGUUUGCCUGGCCUUAGGCCUUGUUGAGCGAACCGUCUCGUGUGCUAUUAUAUUGCAUUGGCUGGUGUGUAAUGCAGAAAUGCGUGGACCGAUUCCGCCAAGAGACGACGGCGACUCAUGCUAG